GUAGUAGUAUAUAAGCUUCGAACCAGAUCCCGGAUCCCCUCAACCCAAGCACCAAGCAGAGCAUCAAGCAAAGCAUCAAGCAAAGCACUCGGGAUUUGAUCCAACAUCCCAAGUAUACUCUACAGCCAAUCGCCAAUCAAAUCACUCCAUCCUCCACCUACCUUAUCCUCGUUUCCCAGAAAGAACAACCCAAGCCAACAUGACAAACACCACCACAUCCAAGUCCCGCCUACAGAACGACUUCGGCGCCGAUCUCUGGGUCAAGGAUCGGCCGAAACAUCACGCAACAGCAGGCCGAGGCCUCUUCGCGGGGCUGCAGGACACGAAGCGCUACAACGUGGACUCCGGGUGGGCGAAGCGCAGCACGGCCGACUCGUCGCAGGGCUUGUUUGGGUUGUUGUGGAGUCGAUUUACCGGGGGCUCAUACCGGCCUCCGACGGAUUAGAGCAUUUUCUUGGACUGGGGAAGGAGGAUGGGCAUGCUUAUGGUUCUCUUCGUUGUAUCUUCUUAUGUGUAUGUUUGCGUGGGUGUUGGAGGUUAGGGAUUGAAUUUAUUGCUUAAUGUUCUCUUCGAGAUGCAUUUUUUAUCGAAUGGGGGAGAUGUGUAUAUCCGGAUGGGUGUGAUGAAUC